AUGGUUCCUUUAACUAUCAACCCUUCACCUUUAUUUCAAAUUCGAUUAGAAGAAGAUACUCUUACUAUGCGUGGUACUAAUUCGGAAUCUAUAGGAUGUGUUCUUCGUGGUCAACUUGUUUUGUCUAUCACUGAACCUACUAAAAUUC